AUGCAACCAGUUUUUAGGAAUAUAAAGUUUGUUGAAUUAAAUCCAAAAACGAUUCCAAAAUUGGCAAUUCCAUGCUUUGAAUAUGUUUCCAUAAAAUUAUCAUUAUUAAAAAAAGAUGACACAUUUAAUGUUUACUUGAUGGUUUUGCCUUCUGUUGAAGUAAAAGAUGAUGAAAUUGGAUUACCUAAUUGGAUAAGUAAAUUUUUAGAUUUAUAUGAUCCAAAAAUAAAUCAUAAUAAUGUUAAAAAAGAAAAUUGUUUGAAAUUUGAUCAUAUUAAGUUUAAUGAUUUUAUGAUUCCUGAUAAAAUAAUUAUAACUAAAUUGAUUGGUAAAGUUUGGUUACCUAAAUUUCUGAAACAAGAAGACUCAUCAAGAACAAAUAAUUUAUUAUUGGAUUAUGAAGAAAUAAUUAAAAGAAACCUUGAUGGAACUUUGGUAUCAAAUAAUUCAUUAUUUAAUAUAAAAAUUAUGAAUAAUGAAUGUAUAUUUAUCAUAAAAUCAAUAAUUAUCAAUGAUGACAACUAUAAUAAGAUUGUUGAUAAUAAAAUUUAUAAAGUAAAUAAAAAUAUCACCAAAAUAGAAAUAAGAUUAAACAACAAUAAUAUUAAUGAUUUAGAUUUAUUAAGUAAUAAAGUUAAUGAUGAGGAUGAAAGUUCAAGUGACAUCGAUGGUGGAUGGAAAUCAAGAAUUAUUAAUUCAUUAAUAAAGGAAAUUCAAAAUAUUAAUGAAACCGAUAAACAAACAAUUUUGAAAUUUUUCAACAUCAAAUUAAUUUAUCAUUUCCAAAUUCAAAGAGAAGAAAUAUUAGAAUUUCAUAUUAACAACUUAUUUAAUAAUAACAAUUUAUCAAAUGAAACUAUUUAUGAAUUUGUUAAUAAAUUAGGAAUGAUGACAAAUGGAUAUGUUUCAGAAGAUAUUUAUAAUUUAUGUAGAUUAACUUUAAUGCAUUCAUUAAAUAAUCAGACCAAUAAUGAUGGUGAGAAUGAGGAUGUAAAUAAUAUUAUCAAUAAUAUGUCAAAAAUUAACAUUAAUGCUGGUGGUAAUAAUAAAAAUUUCAAGAUUGAUUGGGAAGAUUUUAAUUAUGGAUUAUCAAUGAUGAAGCCUUUGGGAAAAUUUGGUACUGAUAAAAUUCCAAUUAAUCUAAAUUUGAAUGAUGAUAUUGGAGGAUAUGAAGCUAUCAAGAAAAAAUUGAUUAAAAUAAUUGAAUUUUCUUUGAUAAAUAAUGGCAAAAAUGAUGGUAACUACAAUUUAUUAGGUGUGAGGCCAUUAACUGGCUUAUUACUUUAUGGUCCAUCAGGAUGCGGAAAAACUAUUUUAAUUCAAACAAUUGCAAAAGAAUUAAAUAUUAAUCUUAUUUAUAUAAAAAGUCCAGAAAUCUAUUCAAAAUAUUUAGGUGAAACUGAAAAAUUUUUAAGAAAUUUAUUUAAAAAAUCAAAACAAAUUUCUUGCAUAAUAUUUUUUGAUGAAAUCGAUUCAAUUGGAACUAAAAGAGAUUGGGAAUCAAAUGAAAGUUCAGUUGGAAUAAAUGAGAGAGUAUUAUCAACUUUAUUAAAUGAAAUUGAUGGCAUACAAGAAUUAAAAAAUGUUUUGAUAAUUGGUUGUACAAAUAACCCAGAACAAUUAGAUGAUGCUUUAAUUAGACCAGAUGAUAGAUUGAAUAUAUUGAAAGUUUUGUCUAGAAAAUUUUCAUUAGGUGAAGAUGUUGAUCUAAAAAAAUUGGCUGAAUUAACUGAAAGAUUUAGUGGUGCAGAUUUGGAAAAAUUAUUUAGGUAG